UUUUUUUAAUCAGUAAUCAAAAAUGUUAUCGGCUUUAGAUAACACAACUUUCUGCAAAUUAAGAUUAAAAAUCUCACUAUAAAAUGAAAAAUAUAAAGCCGACGUUACAUUAAUUACAGAUCAAUUUCAUAACGAAGGUCAUCCCCUCAAAAUGGAUAACUCAAAAACCGGUGAUUUAACAUGGGGACAUUUAGAAGACACAGAAGUCUUUGGCCGAAGAGCUGUCGAGGACGAUUACAUCGUAGUCGACAAAGAAACCGCAUCUAAAAAGUAUCAAAUUGAUGCCGAAGCUAGUCAUUGUAUAAUCUACGCGAAAAGUGAUCGGAUGAUAUUCGACGUGUAUUGCUGUCGAGCUGUAAUUCUAAUGCAUAUGCGAUUCGAUGGUUAUAUUGGAUUUCCUGGCGGUUUGGUUGAUCCGGGCGAAGACGACGUUGCCUCUCUGAAUCGUGAACUUAUCGAAGAGUUGAAUUUAGAUUUAUCUAAGCACAGAGUCGAGCCUAAAGAUCACAUCAUUUCACAUUAUAAUACCAAAAAUAAAUUACUGUUGCAUUUUUACGGAUUGGAAAUCAAUUUGAAGGAUAUGGAGGAGCUUGAGAGACGUGCUCUUCAAGCUAAAGAUCACGGAAGUGAGGUAUUAGGAAAUAUCAGAGUUCCUCUUUAUACGAUGGGUGAUGGAGUUCGAGGUUUCCCAGUAUUUUUACGAAACCAGUUCAUCGGCAAUGCCAGGCAACAGUUGUUAUAUACUCUUGAAAAAUACGGUAUUAUGAAAAAAGAUGAAAUUGAGAGAGCUCUUCAUGCUUUUUGAGUCGUUGAAAAUUCAACUUUUUGACAUUUCCAAUUUAGGUUUUAUUUUGUAAUUCCACAAUUUGUAAUUUGUAUCAUUGUUAUGCAGCGAGUAUUAUUAAAAUUGUUAUUCGUGUA